UCUGAGUAUCGUAGGAAGAGGAAUGAAGUGGAUGUAGCAUGUGACAGAGUUGACACUUAUAUCAGGUCUUCAGUGCGCAAUGCUUAUGCUCAGGUAAGGGAGAAGCUAAACACAAGCAGGCGGUUAUCAAAAAAUAAACAAAAUCCUCUUCCUGCUCUCUCUGUCCUCGCACAAGAUAUUACUGACAUGGCUUUUAAUGAGAAGGAAAUAUAUAGUCCAAUCCUGAAAAGAUGGCACCCAAUGGCAACGGGUGUAGCUGUAGCCACCCUUCAUGCUUGCUACGGCAACGAGCUGAAGCAAUUUGUUUCAGGCAUCAGUGAGUUGACUCCCGAUGCUAUACAAGUGUUGAUAGCUGCUGACAAGAUGGAAAAGGAUCUUGUGAAGAUGGCAGUUGAAGAUGCGGUGGAUAGCGAGGAUGGUGGGAAAGCAAUAAUUCAGGAGAUGACUCCUUAUGAGGCUGAAAGUGUAAUUGGGAAUCUGGUGAAAUUGUGGAUUAGGACUAGAGUAGACAGGCUUAAGGAAUGGGUUGACAGAAAUCUGCAACAAGAGGUCUGGAACCCUCGAGCAAACAAAGAGCGAUUUGCUCCCUCUGCUGUGGAGGUCCUACGAAUCAUGGACGAAACUUUGGAAGCAUUCUUCUUGUUGCCAAUACCCAUGCAUCCAGUUCUGCUUCCUGAUUUGAUGAGUGGUCUUGAUAAAUGCCUUCAAAAUUACAUAUUGAAGGCAAAAUCUGGCUGCGGAUCCCGAAAUACUUUCAUUCCAACUUUGCCUGCUUUGACCAGAUGUACAACUGCAUCAAAGUUUGGUGUAUUUAAGAAGAAAGAUAAGUAUCUUACAGUUCAGAGGAGAAAACCUCAGGUUGAGGCUCUGGAUGGGGAUAAUUUCAUUGGUAUACCACACCUAUGUGUCCGCAUUAAUACUUUGCAUCACAUCCGAAAAGAGUUGGAAGUUCUAGAAAAGAGGACAAUCACCCAUUUGAGGAAUACUGGAUCCACUCUUGUUGAUGAUAUUGUAAACGGCCUGGGAAAAAAGUUUGAGUUUUCAUCAGGUGCUUGUGUGGAAGGGAUCCAGCAGCUCUGUCAGACAACUGCAUAUAAGGUCAUAUUUCAUGAUCUAAGUCAUGUUCUUUGGGAUGGCCUAUAUGUUGGUGAAGUUUCAUCUUCGAGGAUUGAACCUUUCCUUCAGGAACUUGAGCAAAAUUUAGAGAGUAUAUCAGCGACUGUACAUGAGAGAGUAGGGACACGAUUAAUUACUGACAUAAUGAAAGCUUCUUUUGAUGGGUUCUUGUUAGUUUUGCUUGCUGGAGGCCCUUCCCGUGCUUUUACUCUUCAAGACUCUGCAAUGAUAGAUGAGGAUUUUAAGUUUCUUAUGGAUCUGUUCUGGUCCAAUGGUGAUGGAUUGCCAGCCGAUUUGAUAGAUAAGCUUUCAACCCCUGUGAAGGUUGUCCUUCCCCUUUUCCAUACUGAUACUGGGAGCCUUAUUGAGGAAUUAAAAAAUGGAACUCUGAACAGCUAUGGCGUCUCAGCUAAGUCGAGGCUCCCAUUGCCUCCAACUUCAGGUCAGUGGAAUCCAAAAGAGCCAAACACGAUCUUGCGAGUUUUGUGUUAUCGGAAUGAUGAGCAGGCCACAAAAUUUCUUAAAAGAACCUAUAACUUACCAAAGAAACUGUGACCAGAAGCUGUUUGGAUUAAUGACAAAUUAUGAGAUGCUAGUGUUUAUAGUACUCGGACAUCGCCAGCAUCUAAUAUUUACUUAUUUAUGGCGACUUUUGGAAGCUAGUUGUCUACUUCGGCAGUGAAAUACUGCCGUUAUACAGAAUAUUUAUGUGUGGAUUCUAUACACGGUGCUUAACCAUUCAAGAAACUUUGGGUAUGAGGCUUUGGAUUUUGACUCCCAAAGGAAACUGCAGACACUGGUCCUUAUUGGCAACACAGUUAUUUUCUCCAUCCUUCCACGAAUAGGUCGUCCGGUUUAUCUGGUGAGGUCAUCUCGCCUUUUGUACAAUUGUUCUGCGAGUUACAUUGACAAUAUGCAGCAUAGAAAGAGAGGUUAGUUGUUAGUGCAGAGUUUUGAAGUUGUACCCUUGUUUUUGGGCAUUGUUUAGGUUUUCUGGUUGUCGAAUCCCCCAUACAGGAGGGGGUAGUGAGUUUGUGUAUCAUAUUGUAAAGUUCAUAAAUUAUGUUGUUAUUUGUUUGCAUUAUUGUUGUGGAACAAAUCAUAAUUUGAACUUAGAACUGAAAAUUGAUGAGUUAUUUGCACGUUUAGGUUGACAUUUAAGGCCAAAUUUGGGAUAGGAUUCGGGUUAUUGGGGGUUUUCUGGUGGUUUACGAAACAAUAAAGUGUUGG